GGACUCUCUGCGUGACGCGACUGCAACAAGGGGGCCACACUUGAGCUCGGAAGGCGCAGCGGUGCGGGACAGUUCAGAGGAGCUGAGAGGAGAGGAGCAGUGCGGGGAGAGAGACGGAGCUCACCCGUCAACCAGCUGGAGGAACCCACACUUACAAAUCCCCCCUUAUGGCUGCUUGAUACAUACCGAUACACCCCCCCUCCCCCUUCUUCUCUCUUUCUCUGGGACUUCUUUGGACUUCUACUUUUUUUUUCUUUUUUUUUUGGGUCCUGACUAGAAGUUGCUGCAAGUUUUAAUUAAGUUGCUCCUGGUUGAGAAGUGAAUCCACUUGCAGUGGACGGCGCAGGCGGUCAUGGAUACCCAUAUAAGAUGGAAAGAUAAACGGAGAAUAAGGGACGCCCAGAUCACUUUAGCGGUGAUUCUGCUUUUUGUCACGUCGCCUGCAAGUUCAGCGGAACCAGCAGACCUCUUGAAGAUUUUAGAUUUUCACAAUUUACCCGAGGGUGUUACAAAAACAACGGGCCUCUGCUCACAUCGGAGGUCGACGCAAGGACCCGAUGUGGCGUACAGAGUAUCCAAAGAUGCCCAGCUCAGUGCCCCCACCAAACAGCUUUACCCAGGUGACGCCUUCCCCGAGGAUUUCUCCAUCCUGGCCACAGUAAAGCCCAAGAAGGGCAGCCAGUCCUUCCUGUUGUCCGUGUACAAUGAACAGGGCAUCCAGCAGCUCGGGCUGGAAGUGGGACGAUCGCCCGUAUUCCUCUACGAGGAUCAAACAGGCAAACCCGGCCCAGAGGACUACCCGCUCUUCAGAGGAGUCAACCUGGCUGACGGAAAGUGGCAUCGAGUGGCGAUCAGUGUGCACAAACAGACCAUCACCCUCAUUCUGGACUGUAAAAAGAAGACCAGCCAGAAGCUGCUCCGAAGCCCCCACCCCGUCAUCGAUACCAAAGGAAUUAUAGUGUUUGGAACUAGGAUACUUGAUGAAGAAGUCUUCGAGGGAGACAUCCAGCAGCUAAUGAUUGUAGCAGACCACCGGGCUGCCUAUGACUACUGUGAGCACUACAGCCCCGAUUGUGAAGUGCCAGUGCCCGACCGGCCGCAGAACCAGGACCCCAAUACGGAAGAUGAUGGAACAGAGGAGGACAGCUACUACUAUGAAUAUCCUUAUUAUGAUGACUUUGAAGGCAAGCCCUAUGACUCAACUUCGGAAACAGAGACAAACAUAAAAGAAGUCAAGGAGACGGCGGGCGGCGGCGUAGUGUCCACAUUGGAAAAAGUUGUCAGCGGUGGUACUGGCUCCACGUCUGUUUCCACCAGCUCCUCUUCAUCCAGCUCAUCGUCCAGCAGUUCAGCCAAAGACACCGGAGUGGAAAACGUCUACGGAGACGGGAACACCCCUUACGACUACGACAACUAUGGGUACUACUACGGCGAGUCCACUCCUGCUCCCGACGUCGACACCUCGCAGCGUGUCAGCAUCACGAGCGUUGGCACCGGGGGCGAGCUGGAUCUGGGAGCAGUGGGAAGAGUUGAUCUGGAAGCCGGGGCUGGAGUGGCCAGCAAGGUGAUCACCAGUGGUGGUGGAGCUACAAUGACGAUCAUUCGCAACGCAACGUCGGAUGCAACAUCCUACGAUGACUACAACAAUGGUUAUGAUUACAACGUUGACUACUAUGCAACUGGAGACGGUGGAGGCAGCAGCAGCAGCAGCAGCAGUACUGGUGGUGGUGGUGGAGGCAGCAGCAGCAGCAGUACCUUUGUAGUCAGUGGUGGUGGAGGGGGCAGCAGCAGCAGCAGCAGCAGCAGCAGCAGCAGCAGCAGUACUGGUGGUGGUGGUGGAGGCAGCAGCAGCAGUACCAUUGUACUCGGUGGUGGAGGAAGCAGCAGCAGCAGUACUGGUGGUGGUGGUGGAGGCAGCAGCAGCAGUACCAUUGUACUCGGUGGUGGUGGAGGAGGCAGCAGCAGCAGCGGUACCAUUGUACUCGGUGGUGGUGGAGGGGGCAGCAGCAGUACCGUUGUAGUCGGUGGUGGAGGAGGCAGCAGCAGCAGCAGCAGCGGCAGCUCUACCAUCACCAUUGCCGGUGGGUCAACUGGAGGCGGUGCUUCUGUAUCCAUGGGAGGAUCUUCUACCUCCGGAGGAAGCUCGGCCUCCGCGGGCACCGGGGCCGGCGGGCUCACCGAAACCGACCUGACCAUCGAUGGACUCGACGACUACACCGAUCUUGAUAAGUUCAAGGAGGAGGACAUUGACAACUAUGGCGACGCAAAUUACGACGUCUACGGGGACUACUCCGACAAAGUGCUGCCUGCUGAGACUGAGUAUUAUGGACAGGUCGACGGAGCUCGCGGUGAGAAAGGACAGAAGGGAGAGCCCGCUGUUAUUGAGCCUGGGAUGCUAAUGGAGGGUCCGUCUGGGCCUGAGGGGCCAACAGGUCUCCCUGGACCCCCAGGAUCUUCCGGCCCACCCGGCAGUCCCGGAGAUCCUGGAGAGAGGGGUCUUCCGGGUCGCCCUGGUCUUCCUGGUGCUGAUGGUCUGCCCGGACCCCCUGGAACUGUCCUGAUGCUGCCUUUCAGAUUAAGUGCUGGAGGAGACUCUGGGCAGAAGGGACCAGCUGUUUCAGCGCAGGAGGCCCAGAUGCAAGCCAUCAUGCAGCAGGCCAGGCUGGCCAUGCGUGGCCCAACGGGUCCAAUGGGUUUGACCGGCAGACCUGGCCCUCUGGGUCCACCAGGUGCACCAGGACUCAAAGGAGAAUCUGGAGAGUCGGGACCUCAGGGACCACGUGGACCAAUGGGAUCAGGUGGACCCCCCGGAAAGCCUGGCAGAAGGGGUCGUUCUGGAGCAGAUGGUGCCAGAGGAAUGCCGGGACAGACUGGACCUAAGGGAGACAGAGGGUUUGACGGGCUAGCCGGGCUUCCUGGCGAAAAAGGACACAGAGGAGAACCAGGCCCCUCAGGACCUCCCGGUGCCCCCGGUGAAGAUGGAGAGAGGGGGGAUGAUGGAGAGAUCGGACCCAGGGGACUUCCUGGCGAACCGGGACCUCGUGGUUUGCUGGGACCAAAAGGACCUCAGGGACCUCCCGGACCACCUGGAGUUACUGGAGCGGAUGGCCACCCUGGACCCAAAGGAAAUAUAGGACCUCAGGGAGAGCCAGGCCCCCCUGGACAGCAAGGCAACCCAGGUGCUCAGGGACUCGCAGGGCCGCAAGGACCCAUUGGACCACCAGGAGAGAAGGGUCCAACGGGAAAGCCAGGAUUGCCAGGAAUGCCAGGAGCUGAUGGCCCUCCGGGUCACCCUGGAAAAGAGGGUCCUACGGGCGAGAAAGGACACAUGGGCCCUGCCGGACCUCAAGGCCCCAUUGGUUAUCCUGGACCUCGAGGUGUAAAGGGAGCUGAUGGCGUCCGCGGCCUCAAGGGAACCAAGGGUGAAAAGGGGGAGGACGGCUUCCCUGGCUUCAAGGGAGAUAUGGGCAUAAAGGGCGACAGGGGAGAACUUGGACCAGCAGGACCCAGAGGAGAAGACGGCCCAGAGGGGCCAAAGGGUCGCUCGGGGCUGCCCGGAGAUGCCGGUCCGCUCGGCCCCACUGGUGAGAAGGGUAAACUUGGAGUUCCUGGAUUGCCAGGCUACCCGGGAAGACAAGGACCGAAGGGAUCGCAGGGUUUCCAAGGCUUCCCCGGCGCCAACGGGGAGAAGGGCUCUCGGGGAACAGGAGGGAAGCCCGGCCCACGCGGACAGAGAGGACCAACGGGGCCGAGAGGAGAGAGAGGGCCGAGAGGACCGACGGGGAAAGCUGGACCAAAAGGCAACUCAGGAAACGAUGGCCCACCAGGACCUCCUGGCGAGAGGGGUUUGCCGGGGCCUCAGGGACCAACAGGUUUUCCAGGACCAAAGGGCCCACCUGGACCCGCAGGGAAAGACGGACUGCCUGGUCAUCCUGGACAGAGAGGAGAGACUGGAUUCCAAGGCAAGACAGGCCCUCCUGGUCCUCCAGGAGUAGUUGGACCUCAGGGACCAACAGGUGAAACUGGGCCAACGGGAGAUCGGGGUCACCCAGGACCCCCAGGCCCACCUGGUGAGCACGGUCUGCCCGGAGCUGCAGGAAAAGAAGGCGCUAAGGGUGACCCUGGUCCUGCGGGCCCAACGGGUAAGGACGGUCCUCCCGGUCAGAGAGGUUUCCCUGGAGAGAGAGGUCUGCCAGGCCCUGUGGGGGCGCACGGCCUGAAAGGGAAUGAGGGUCCUCAAGGCCCACCUGGCCCUGCUGGCUCUCCUGGUGAGCGGGGUCCGGCUGGCCCAGCUGGACCCACAGGUCCGCCUGGACGUUCUGGCCCACAGGGACCUCCAGGCCCUGCCGGGGAGAAAGGUGGACCGGGAGAGAAAGGACCUCAGGGCCCAGCCGGAAGAGAUGGUAUUCAGGGCCCCGUGGGUCUACCAGGACCCGGAGGACCUCCAGGACCACCAGGAGAGGAUGGAGACAAGGGAGAGCUUGGAGAACCAGGACAGAAAGGAAGUAAAGGUGACAAAGGAGAACAUGGUCCUCCAGGUCCUACGGGCCCUCAAGGUCCUGUCGGAGCACCAGGUCCUGCUGGCGCAGAUGGAGAGCCAGGUCCCAGAGGUCAGCAGGGAAUGUUUGGCCAGAAGGGAGAUGAAGGGUCAAGAGGUUUCCCAGGACCUCCAGGCCCAGUUGGACUGCAGGGCUUGCCUGGUCCGCCAGGUGAGAAAGGUGAAACUGGAGACGUCGGUCAAAUGGGUCCACCUGGUCCUCCUGGUCCCAGAGGUCCUUCAGGUCCCCCAGGAGCCGACGGUCCUCAGGGACCGCCCGGUGGUGUUGGAAACCCUGGCGCUGUUGGAGAAAAGGGAGAUGCUGGUGAGACGGGAGAGCCAGGACUUCAGGGAGAAGUUGGCCCACCAGGUCCAAGAGGAGAGCGCGGAGAGAAGGGAGAGGGAGGUCCUGCUGGUGCUGCUGGACCUCCUGGCCCUAAAGGUCCACCUGGAGAUGAUGGCCCUAAGGGCAGCCCUGGUCCGAGUGGCUUCCCUGGAGACCCAGGGCCCCCUGGAGAGCCCGGUCCAGCUGGUUUAGAUGGCCCACCUGGUGAUAAGGGAGAUGAUGGAGAGGCCGGUCAGCCGGGUUCACCUGGACCCACUGGAGAGUCCGGUCCUUCUGGACCACCUGGAAAGAGGGGGCCUCCUGGAGCAGCAGGGCCUGAGGGAAGACAAGGAGAGAAAGGUGCCAAGGGAGAGCCUGGCCUUGAAGGUCCCCAAGGAAAAACAGGCCCUGUCGGCCCUCAAGGAUCACCUGGAAAGCCUGGUUCUGAAGGACUCAGGGGUAUCCCUGGUGCAGUUGGUGAACAAGGACUGCCUGGUGCUCCGGGCCCAGACGGACCUCCUGGACCCAUGGGCCCUCCUGGUUUACCUGGUUUGAAAGGAGACACCGGUGUUAAAGGAGAGAAAGGCCAUCCAGGUCUCAUCGGUCUGAUUGGACCCCCAGGCGAGCAGGGAGAAAAGGGUGACAGAGGUCUCCCCGGCCCUCCAGGAACUUCUGGUCCCAAAGGAGACAAUGGUAUUGCUGGUCCUAGUGGUCCCCUUGGUCCUGUUGGACCUCCCGGCUUACCUGGUCCUCCCGGUCCCAAAGGAGCCAAAGGGUCGUCUGGUCAAACAGGUCCAAAAGGAGAGACUGGAACUCCUGGUCCUCCUGGCCCUCCUGGCCCUCCUGGCGACGUCAUCCACCCGCUGCCCUACCACGCUCCCGUCAAGGGCCGAACACGCAGGAACAUCGACGCCAGUCAGAUGAUGGACGACGCCGCCAUGGACGCCAACUACAAGGACUACGACGACGGCAUGGAGGAGAUCUUUGGGUCUCUGAACUCGCUGAAGCUGGAGAUCGAGCAGAUGAAGCAUCCGCUUGGCACGCAGAACAACCCGGCUCGUACCUGCAAGGACCUGCAGCUGUGCCACCCUGAUUUCCCUGAUGGUGAAUACUGGAUUGAUCCGAACCAGGGCUGCUCGCGGGACUCCUUCAAGGUCUACUGCAACUUCACAGCAGGCGGAGAGAGUUGCAUCUUCCCGGAUAAGAAGUCUGAAGGGGCUAGACUCACAUCCUGGGUAAAGGAGACUCCCGGUUCCUGGUUCAGUGAAUUCAAACGUGGUAAACUGCUUUCCUACGUGGACGCCGAGGGCAACCCCAUCGGCGUGGUCCAGAUGACCUUCCUCCGGCUCCUGAGCGCGGCGGCCCGCCAGAACAUGACGUACAACUGCUACCAGUCGGUGGCGUGGCACGACCAGGACAAGGACAACUACGACAAGGCCAUCCGCUUCCUGGGCUCCAACGACGAGGAGAUGUCGCACGACAACAACCCUUACAUCCGCGCCGUGGUCGACGGCUGUGCGCUGAAAAAGGGCUACGAAAAGACAGUACUUGAGAUCAACACACCAAACGUGGAGCAGGUGCCUUUUGUGGACAUCAUGUUCAAUGAUUUCGGCGGCUCCACGCAGAAGUUCGGCUUUGAAGUGGGGCCCGUCUGUUUCAUCGGCUGAGACCUUUCACCGAGCAAAUGGAGGAAAAAAGAAAAAGAAAAAAAAAGACAAACAAUUGAAAAAUAAUAGGACGAUGCUAUUUGUAAAAAAACUGUUUCCAUAAAGCGACACGAGUCAAAUAUAAUUGUCAGGAAUACGGUGAAAAUCAAAAAAAGGAAUAGAGAAAGUAACCUUGAAACCUCAGUGUGCCUUCCUUAUCACAUGCAAGUUUUGAAACUGGAGUUGGCGUCCUUCCUCCUACACACACACACACACAGAGACUACCCCUAUGUCACCACAUUUGAUUUUUGAUUCUUUGGUCGGAAACGACGAAGGCGACCCUGAGAGCUGCAGCCGUUCCAGACGGUCGCAGCGUUUGCCACGGACACCAUCCGAUUCGGCAUCGUUUUGAUCUCACGCCCCGAACCCAAACACCCCGCCCUGCCACCUCUUCAUCUCCCUGCCUCUUGCCGCCUCUCUGUUCUUGGUUUUGUUUCCUUGUUUGUGCAUAAUUGUCUCCCCAUUCUCUUUGGAAUGGACCUUAUAUAUUUAUAUACAUAUAAAUAUAUAUAAGUGAUUUUUUUUUUUUCAUGUUUGUAAGUACAUUCUGUAUAUUUUUUCCUGGUAAAGUUUAUUGCUUCUGGCUUCAAAACAUGCAUGUGACUGUACUAAUUGUGAGGCCGUUGAACAAGAAACAUCUAAGAUAGUAGAAAUACAUCCAAACCGAGGAUAUUUGACUUGUAAAUUGAAGAAAAAAAAAAUAAACUAACAUGAUUGCAUGUGUGCAUUUCCCGCCAUUCUGUCUUUGUGGAGCACACUUUUAUUAUUUUUUUUUAUUUUUUUGUAAUUUAAGAACAGAUUGGAAAUAAAAGACGAAAACAUGCUCCGUGACAUAAAGUACAAUACAUUCCUCGUUUUAUACCCUCUGAACAAAACUCCACUUUUGUUGAAAAUGUAAUUAAUAAACUGCUUCUGUACUUUUUUGCCGAAAUAUUCAUCUUACUGUGCAGUGGACGAUAAUGAAAAAAAAAACAACAACAAAGAAAUCCAGACAUAGGUGCUAUUUUCUCUCCUCUGUGGUGCUAUGUAUUUUUUCAAGUUUGUAAUGUUUGUAUGAAAGAAAAACUUGUGGCGACAAUACUCCCAUUGCUCGGCAGCAACCCCCCCCCCCCCCCAAAAAGCCCCGCCCAGCUGAGUCAACGGAUCUCUCUCCCAAGGUUUCUUUAUGCCGUUUCUCUAUGUUACCUCCUGCUUGACGGACCGCACAGAUAAAGAAAUGUGUCCGGCACCGGCCCGUACCACAUGUUGGAAAGACGAGCGGGAAAAGAUCGCCCCCCUCCCCCAUGUCGUCUCUAACGAGUGGCUCAUCUGCUCCACAUUGGGCCGGUGGAGUUAGCAAAGUGGACAUGUUGCGACAGGUCAAAAGGGAUAAAUUGUACCCUAGCCAAAGGAUUUUCACUUAAAUGUUUAGCUUUAAGUGGCCUGGAGUCAUGUCCAUGUGAGAAACAACUUGAAAAGUCACCAAAUUAGCCUUUCUAGAAAAUGUGGCUCAUGCUGUGUUGGUUUUCCUGGUCCUCAUGCUUAUUGUUCAGACUUUGCACUCUCUAUGCUUAUGACCACUAGUAUCUAUCACAACAUUUUUACAGCUCUUUGUUUUGUUUUCUUUUUAUAUAUAUAUAUAUAUAUUAUUUUUUUUUUUGUGACUUGAACCCUUUCUGUUAAGAUAACUCAAUAUGCUUGUAGAUCUUUGGCUCUAUUCGUAACAGUGUUGCAGCACGUCUACAUUAAUCACUUUGCUCCCAAUGAACCGGACAAAAGGCUAAAAAACAAAACAAAAAAAAAAAAAAACACCACAACUUUUAUUUUGUAAAUUUCCAGAACCAGCAUAGAUGCUGCCAUUGCUUUGUUUUAUUGUGUAGAUUUCCAUUUGUAAUGUCCUGUUUUCAUUUUCACGGUCUUGUCGAACGAAUCCGCAAACAAACAAACAAACCUGUGUUUAAGGGUGAAGAGGACAGAGGGUCAUAUUGGUUUUUAUGUCAAUAAAUUCAAGUUUACUGUGGCCAUCCACUCCUGUAUCUCUUUUGAAGCAUUAAAACCUAUCUGUAUGCAUGAAA